CCUUAUUUAAUGCCAGAACAUGAAUGAAAAGAGAACAUUGAAAAUGAAUAGUAACUGGAUAAAUAUUGAGACAGAGUGGCAAUAAUUGGAAGUGUCAAGAAAGAAACUACAAGCUACAAGUUCUUUUUGUUGUUUCUUGUAGCACAACUCCAAAAUGUCAUUGUUUAUAGAUGGAGUAAUAAAAAAUGUUACAGGAUUUUUUGGACCACCCUGUAUGAAACAAAUAUUCUGACAUAAAUAAACCUCUAUAAGUGGAACACCUCCCAAGUGGUACACAUUUUAGAGGAACCAAAGGUUAUCCACCUAUAUAGUUUUUACUGUAUAAGGUGUACAACUUAUGAAUCAUAAGUGAUCAUUAUGACAAAAGAAAAACAAAACAGAGCUUUUUUGAUACAUUUGUAAGCAUUGUUUUGCCUGUCCAUAUUUAUCAUAAUUAGGCUCAACUUAUGCCACGGCAUUUACUUUGUCUGUUUCAUUUAUAAAACUUUCAGUUUUCUUUCCAAAGAUCCAAUGGACUCAGGAAGAAAAUUUUGAAAUAUAUUCAAACUUGAACAUAUUGCAGCUUGUACCAAAAUAUGUACUAUUUCACCUCUUCUCACGUAGUAGUUGAAAUAGUUUAUCUAUAACAAAGGUUCAUCACUAUUAUCAAAAGUACAUGAUUUAUAACCUCUAAUAAUGUUAAAGUAAAACAGAGCCAUAAAGUAUUGUAGUGAAUUAAACACAUGGUGAUAAACUACUCAGCUAAAAUCUUAGAUUGGUUAAGAGUAAACCAGUGAGGAAAGAACUAGAAAUCCAACCUCACUCCACACUCUGAAAUCACAGAACAGUACAAUAUUCAGCUGAAAUAUUAGACAUUUUAAAGAAUCAACCAAUGAGGUAAGAAACAACAAAUACAUACUUUAAAUGAUGAGUAAGAUUUCUAAAAGUGGUGAGAAAAACAUGAAAUAAAUCACCAUGUGAGCUAAAAACAUCACAUAUUCCACCACUUUGCUGUUGAGCAAUGGAAUUUUCAUAAUCAAUAUUUCUUAGUCUUCAUUAUUAUGAAAAUUUGCAUAUUGGAUAAUGCAUCAAAAGAAUUCACCACAAAAGAGCAACUGAACAUCUUUUUAAGUUCCUUAAAUACAAUAUGCUAUGACAACAAUAGCUUCAUUUCUUACUCCUAAUUUUUUUCAGGGUAAAUGGUAUGAGAACUGAGUAAAAUUCUUAAAGAGACCACUUUACAGCAUAGUUAAGGGAAUCAUAAAUUGGAUUUACCAUUUGGGAAAAAUGGGGUUAGCCACAUUCAUUGUGUACAUUAUCAUACGAUUUGUGUUUGUAAAACUCCAACGAUUAUAUUGGAGAUUGACAGGUCUGUCUUCAACAAUUGACGAUAUCAAUGAUGGAAAAAACUACAAGAAAUCAGCUCAAGUUGCCAAAAUCAUAUGGCGUGGAAAAUUUACAGAUUUUAUGGUGACACAAGAAGCUGAUUUUCUAUGCACACAUGAGAAGUUUGAUGACCCUAGAUGUGUUCUUGAUGACAACAUAACCUUAUAUGGCAUUACAGAUAAUAAUGAGGCAUUAUUUGUUGAAACUCCACUGGAUAUAAAUGUCUACAGCUCAGAUGUGAAUCCAUUUUUCUACAUCUCCCAAUUUCAACAUGCUGUUAGAUUAAUAAAGAUGCCCUUUGAUAGCUUCACUAAGCUGGCUGAUGAAACAGGUGACCCCAAAAUGAAAGUGAUAUUAAUAUCGAGCACUGGGAGGUGUGGAUCAACGCUACUCUCACAAGUGUUUGAGGCGACCCCUGGACUUAUCACAAUUGCAGAACCUGACUCAAUGACUAAGCUAUCAGGAAGGAGACAUGUAAUGGAGAAAGGGGAUUGGUCACAAAUGGUCAAAAAUGUGAUUCGUUUGCAAUGUAAGCCAAGAUCAGAGGAUGUUACAAGUUAUUGUAUCAAAACCCGCUCCAUUUCCAUCAGGGAUGUGGAUCAUGUGGCAGAGGCAUUCCCAGAUAUUUACCAAUUGUAUUUGUACAGAGACAACCUUAAAACAAUCAAGUCUAUGUACAACGCAUUCGCAUUCUUGACAUUCUUCAAGAUAUUUUUUGCUUUCCAAACUAACAUCAUAUUGAGGAAUUGUGCACCGAAGAAAAUGACGACCAUGAUCAUUGAUAUAUUCUUGCCUGCAAAGGAAAAUUUCAAAUGGGCAAAAGAAAAACAUUUUGCGCAAAAUAUGUCAGCAUUUUCUGUGAUGUCAUUAAACUGGGCAGGCAUGAUGUCUGAGUACCUUGACCUCAACAAAAAUGGCGUCAAAAUAGCAGCAAUAAGAUAUGAAGACCUGCUCAGUGAUCCACCUAAAGCAGUGAAAGCAAUUUUCAAUUAUUGCGAUAUAUCAGAGGAUUUCAUUACAAAAGGUGUUGAAGCAAUGGAGAAGGAUUCCCAAAGAGGUAGUGGCUUCCAAAAAGACAAAGUCACCAGACAAGAAAUCACAGAUGAAAUGAUGAAAGAACCAAAUGAGAUACUUACACGUGUGGGACUACCUAAGCUUGGUGAACCAUGUAUUGUACCUGGAUUGAUCACAGGCUAACAUUGCCAUGUAAAUGAUAAAGUCAACAGACACCUAUUGUCACAAAAUAUCAAAGUAGACACCUGACAUUCAAGCUUUAUAAUAAUAUUCCAGAGCUUAUAUUAUGUGACAUUCUUUCAAAAAAUUAACAUUUAAAAAUGAAUAUUUAAUUUUGAUUAUAUAAUCAAUAUGACUUCAUACAAGGGCUGCUUUAUCACAUGAUUUAACCCCUUAAAUACCCAAAUGACCAAAUCAGUCAAAGAACAUUUCACAUGAAUUGCUCUAACUUUGACAUUUUGUUCAAACUAAUGUAUGUAUAAAAAUGUGUGAAAGGCUAUGUCCACUAAUAUUACCAAAAUAACAUCUUUAAUUGUAUAUUAAAGUGUCUCACAUAUUCGAUCAAAAUUUGCCAUGCAAACAUGUUAGUCUACUUUACUGGCCCCCCUUGCUGUAACAAGGAACCCAAAACACAUUAAAACGUAAACAUAAACCAAUUAGUCACUUCACUAUGAAAGUGGGGGUGUUAGCAAAUGUAUAUUAGGCCAUAAGAAGUAGAUUCUUUGUUUUGCGUCCUGGCAAAAUCCAAAUCAUGCAAGGGUACAAGGAAAACAAACACAAACUCAAGAAAAAAACACAAACUUGUUUGCUGAGAAAUAUAUACAUUUUAGGGGCAUAAAAAAGAAUGACAUCCCAAUUUGCAGUGAUUACAAACACAUAUCUAUACAUUUUAUACAAUAUAUAAAAAUAUAGCUAUUAUUCAAGGGUAAAAAAUUAGAAAAACACAAUGUAUGUCAAAUAAUUAUAAGACUGUCAAUUUUGACGCACAUCAAAUUAUCCGCCAUUUCAUCUGAUUCUGAAAUGCGAUGGUACUUUCAGACCCUUGUGAUUGCUAUUUGGAUGUGUUUUUUCUGAUUUACUCAAAAUCUUGCAAGCAAGGGGACGCAAAACAGAGGAUCUACUUCUUAUGGCCUUAGCAGAAUACGCUGUGUGCAUGAACUAACACAAUAUCAGUGGUCAUUUACUGUGUCAACUUAGUAACCCUUGCAUAUCGUGCUCACUCAAGUAUUGAAUAAUUUUUUAUGAUCUAAAUGUUUGUGGUUUAUAAAAAAAAGUGAUAUAUUUUAGUUAGAAAUACAUUAAUUAAUAUAUUCAUUCAAACAGCACUAGAAUGCGGGAAGAAAGAGCAAUGGUGACAAAAUGUAGACAGAAUUUUCCGUAGGGGUUUCAAACAUUUCU